UACUUGCAAGUAUGGCGGUGUGAAAGUUUGUAACGUGUAUGUUUUGGUGGGGUAACCUUUCAUUAUUUCUGUUUUUCGGGAAACAUUUUCCUGGGAAAUCCUUUUUACGGGAAGUAAUACCUACAUUAUCACUCAGUCAUCAUGCCAUCAGCCUGUGAAUCUCUGGUCGAAGAUAUUGAGGACAUGGUGUGUGCAAAUGACCCAACUCCUCAUGAGAGACUGUCUGCUAGGAAGAGUAUCAUACCAAGGUCCAGGAAGAAAAAAGAAAUCCUGAUCAAUGAGGAGCUCCAUGUUGACAGUUUGAUACCAGAAACUCAGAAAAUCUGGAUGAAAACAUGGGGCUGUAGUCAUAACAACUCUGAUGGAGAGUACAUGGCUGGACAACUUGCUGCCAAUGGCUACAAGAUGACUGAUGAUCCAUCAGAAGCAGACCUUUGGUUACUCAACAGCUGCACUGUGAAAAACCCUGCGGAGGACCAUUUCAGAAACUCAAUCAAAAAAGCGCAGGAGCAACAAAAGAAGGUGGUCGUAGCAGGCUGUGUUCCCCAGGCUCAACCACGCAUGGACUACAUCAAAGGGCUCAGCGUCAUUGGGGUACAACAGAUUGAUCGAGUGGUCGAAGUCGUGGACGAGGCAGUUAAAGGUCACUCAGUUCGCCUUUUGGGUCAGAAGAAAGACGGAGGUCGACGACUUGGAGGGGCAAGACUGGACCUGCCCAAGAUCAGGAAGAACCCUCUCAUUGAAAUCCUCUCCAUUAACACGGGGUGUCUGAAUGCAUGUACUUACUGUAAGACGAAACAUGCCAGAGGAGAACUGGCCAGCUACCCCAUAGAAGAGCUGGUAGAGAGAGCCAGGCAGUCUUUCCAGGAGGGGGUGUGCGAGAUCUGGUUAACCAGUGAGGACACAGGAGCCUAUGGUAGAGACAUCGGGACAGAUCUCCCCACACUGUUGUGGAAACUCGUUGAAGAGAUUCCUGAAGGAGCCAUGCUGAGGUUGGGUAUGACCAACCCGCCAUAUAUACUGGAACAUCUAGAGGAGAUGGCAAAGAUACUGAAUCAUCCACGUGUUUAUGCGUUCCUUCAUGUUCCUGUGCAGUCAGCCUCAGAUAGCGUCCUGAUGGAUAUGAAGAGAGAAUAUUGCAUCAGUGACUUUAAACGAGUGGUGGAUUUCCUCAAAGAGAGGGUUCCAGGUAUAACCAUUGCUACAGAUAUAAUCUGUGGUUUUCCUGGGGAGACAGAAGAAGACUUCAAAAAGACGGUAGACUUGGUGAAACACUAUCGAUUUCCCAGCCUCUUCAUCAACCAGUUCUACCCCAGACCGGGUACACCUGCUGCCAAGAUGGAGCAAGUCCCAGCACACAUGAAGAAGCAGAGGACAAAAGAACUAUCGCAGCUUUUCCACUCGUACAAUCCCUACGACCACAAGAUUGGAGAGAGGCAACAUGUCUUGGUGACAGAAGAUUCAUUUGAUGCCCAAUACUAUGUGGCUCACAACAAGUAUUAUGAACAGGUCCUGGUACCUAAGACGUCUAAGUUCAAAGGGAAGAUGAUAGAGGUGGACAUCUACGAGGCAGGAAAGCACUUCCUAAAAGGCCGUCCAGUCGAAGACAGUAAGCUGUUCACGCCAUCCAUUGCUGCACCACUUCAGAAAGGCGAGGUGUCCGGCCUGAUGCAGGAACAGAUGGCAAAUGGUGUCCAAGGUUCUACCUCCGUGUCGUCGUCUUCUUCAGUUUUGUUGAUGGGGUCUUACAGCCUGGAUAGGGAAGUACUAAAAACGUUUGGAGUUGGACUUGCACUGGCUGCAGCCUUCUUGGCCUUUAUUUUGGACAAGCUCUACUGAAGAGCCAUUUGUAUCUGCUAAGAAAUAGGCGUGAAAAGAGAGCAACGUCACAGGAGUUAAAAGACGGUGGUUGAAAAUGGUGAUCAAUCAUAGUUGUUUUUAUUCAUUUUUCUAUAAACUCAGUGAUGUUGGCCUUUCAAUGUCUAAGUGUCUUCAUGUGCUUCGGUUGUGUGCACAGCUGAACAUAAAUCUGACAGUAACGAACUACAGAAGUGAACUUUUUACGAGAAUUACCAGAAUUCACUUAUAUACUGUGCAUCGUUAUGCUGGCAUGGCCCAUUUGACUACUUAUAGGUGAAAUGAAAGAAAAUGCUAAGCACAUCACAUUCACCAUGGUUGACCGUAACAGUUAACAUUAACCGUCAUGUGGUUAGUAUUAUCUCAUAUGCUAACAUUAACCAUGGUGACCAUCUUCUUUAAGUAGUCAGUUGCAUCUUGUCAGUGUAGGUGUGUGCUUUAAGUACGGUGUUUUCAGCACUGCAAGUCACGGUUUUAAUUUACUAGUUUGAGAGGACCUGCAGCUUGUAGUCUAGUGUGACUUACACUCCGGAAUAUACAGUAGUUGUACACAGUAUCCGAAAUCUGAUCAUUCUAGAAAAAAUUCUGUUUUUGGAAUUAAGAUGGCAAACACCAAGCUAGGCUUUCUUUCUUUCAUUUUUUUCUUUUCUUUUUAAUGUUUGUUGGAAAACAUUUGUGCCAUAAUUUUUUUUCUUGUCUGUUGAAGGGCUUUUUUUGUUCUUAUUUGUUUGUUUUAGAAGUUUUGGGGUUAGUCUUUACACUCGUGACAAAAAUGAAUUUAAUUGGUGUUGUAUUGAUUUUAGAAUGCAAAUGUCAGCACGAGCAAACCAGCUAUUAAUGCUUCAUAAAAAUCACUUCUCAUUGCCACUGAACAGGCAAAAAUGCCAUUGGGCAGGUCUAGUAGCAGAAAGAGGAUCACUACAGAGGUAUAUAUGUAUGUUUACCUUCCUAAAUGUAAAGAAACCUAAGAUGACUGAGUUAGCUGCUUUUCUUAGUUUGUAAUUACCGAGUGAUUACAGGUUAUUUGCUGAUGAGAAGCUCAUUCCUCUAGACCAGGCAUCUCCAACCCUGCUCUUGAAAGGCACCUGUCCUCCUUAUUUUCCAUGUCUACCUGCUCUCGUCACACCUAGUCAAUUAAGAUUUGUGUUUCCCAGCCCUUGAUUGGCUGAGCCAACCUGACUGAGGUACUCUGCUGUGGGUGGAGUAGAGAGAGUUGUAAAACAUGCUGGACAGGUUCCCUCCAGGGGGUUGAAGAGACCGGCUCUGGACCAAGAAGACCACUACUGCAAACCUCAAUCCUGCACCCUUUAAAAUUAGUUUUUGUAUUGAGUGGAAAAGAUUGCCCCAAAACUCGAGAGAUAGAGAGGCCUGGUUGAAAAAUGUCAAAC